AUGGCCGAGGCGGCGCCUGAUCCGAACGCGGGGGGUGAUGGCACCGUCAAGGGCGGGUCCGCCGCGAUGGCAGAGAUAUACCUCCCGAACUACCGGAUGGGCAAGACGCUCGGGAUCGGCUCCUUCGGCAAGGUUAAGGUGGCCGAGCACAUCCUCACCGGGCACAAGGUGGCCAUCAAGAUCCUAAACCGCAAGAAGAUCAAGGCCAUCGACAUGGAGGAGAAGGUUCGCAGGGAGAUUAAGAUCCUGAGGCUGUUCAUGCACCCGCACAUCAUCCGCCUGUAUGAGGUCCUCGAGACCCCGCACGACAUCUACGUCGUCAUGGAGUACGUCAAGAGCGGCGAGCUCUUCGACUACAUCGUGGAGAAGGGUCGUCUCGGCGAAAACGAGGCUCGACACUUUUUCCAACAGAUCGUCUCCGGCGUCGAGUACUGCCACCGCAACAUGGUGGUCCACCGCGAUCUCAAGCCCGAGAACCUCCUGUUGGACUCCAAGUCCAACGUGAAGAUCGCGGACUUUGGCCUGAGCAACGUGAUGAGGGACGGGCACUUUCUGAAGACUUCGUGCGGCUCGCCGAAUUACGCCGCGCCGGAGGUUAUAUCCGGCAAGCUCUACAGCGGUCCGGAGGUUGACGUGUGGUCCUGCGGGGUGAUCCUGUACGCGCUCCUGUGCGGCUCCCUCCCCUUCGACGACGAGUCCAUCCCGAAUCUGUUCAAGAAGAUCAAGGGGGGCAUAUACAACCUCCCCUCGCACCUGUCCCCGGGUGCGCGCGAUCUCAUCGCGCGGAUGCUGCUCGUGGACCCGCUCAAGCGAAUCACGAUAUCGGAGAUUCGCACGCACCCGUGGUACGUCGUGCACCUCCCGCGGUACCUCGUCGUGCCCCCGCCGGACACCCUGGCGCAGGCCACGAACGUCGACGCCGAGACUCUGGAGAUGGUGGUCAACCUCGGGUUUGAACGUGAACACGUCGUCGACGCGUUGCGUCAUCAACUCCGCAACAAGGCGACGGUGGCGUAUUUCCUUCUGCUGGACAACAGGCGGAACCUGUUCGGCGGGUACCUGGGCGCCGAGUUCGAGGCUGGCGAGCUGCAGGUGGGCGUGGACGCGGCGCUGCAGGGCGCCGGCGGCAAGGGCGCCGCCGUGGGCCCGAGGCGACCGAGCCAGGUGCAGGCGCACCUGAUGCAGCAACGCCUCGUCGCCGAGCAGCGGUGGAUGCUGGGGAGCACCACGACGAUGGCGCCGGCGGAGGUGAUGGCCGAGAUCUUCCGCGUCCUGCGCGACAUGAACGUCCAGUGGAAGAAGCUCGGGCCGUACAACCUCAAGUGCCUGUGCAAGAUUGCCGCCGCCGCCGCGUCGAGCGCGGGGGUGGACGUCAGCAUCGGCGGCGGCGACCACGAGAUGGACACGGGCGAGGGCGACGGCGGCGGAGACGGGGGAGGAAUGACGGGGGUCGCGCCGGAGCGGAAGGAGAUGCAGGUGAAGUUCGAGAUUCAGGUUUACAAGAUGAAGGACGAUCGGUACAUGAUCGACUUUCAGAGGAUGGACGGCGGGGUGAUGUCGUGCAUGGACAUGGCGGCGGCCGUGUCGCGACAGCUGAGGCUCGCGUGAUGAGGGACGGAAAAUCAGUCCACCCGACGGAGGUUAAAUGCACGUGAGUGACAUCUUGUAAAACAAGGACUGCUCUUAUCGU